GCACUCCGAAGAGGCUUUGCCUUUGACUGUCAUCGGGAGAAGAGAAAUCCAUAUACUACCCAAAAGCGGGACACGGGAUGCGAUUAAAGCCCUCGAUUUCUGAUCUCAAUCUGGAGCCGUAGCAGAGGGAAGAGAGGAGAGCCAGAAGACCAGGCGCGGCGAGGAGGGUGGGCGAUCGUUCGCCGUGCUUUGGGUUUCUCGGAUCCGCUUUUGAUGGUCAUCGCGGUCGAUCGGAGCGGCGGGCCUGCAUGUCGUGAGCAUUUUGGUUCUCUGCUGGAGAAUUCGUAGAGCGGUAGAUGUUAUCUUAUUGUGAGAAAGGUGCUUAGGGUACGUUGUAAUUGGAUCCAGCUCUGUUUCUGUUGCAAAUAGAUGGCUUCAGUGAACAUGGUGCCCUCGUCAGGGUUGAAAAACACCAGUGGCACUAGUCUUGGUAUGGACAAAUUGCCACAAGAGAUGAGUGAUAUGAAGAUAAGGGAUGAUAAGGAAGUGGAAGCAACAGUGAUUAAUGGGAAAGGGACAGAAGCAGGUCAUAUAAUUGUUACUACUAUCAAUGGGAAAAAUGGUCAGCCAAAGCAGACUGUAAGCUACAUGGCUGAGCGUGCUGUAGGUCAUGGAUCAUUUGGGGUUGUUUUUCAGGCCAAAUGUCUAGAGACAGGUGAAUCUGUAGCCAUAAAAAAGGUUCUUCAAGAUAAGAGGUACAAGAACCGUGAGCUACAAACCAUGCGCCUUCUUGACCAUCCAAAUGUUAUCUAUUUGAAGCAUUGCUUCUUUUCAACAACUGAGAAGGAUGAGCUGUAUCUUAAUCUGGUACUUGAAUAUGUACCAGAGACAGUUCAUCGUGUUAUUAAACACUACAACAAGAUGAACCAACGUAUGCCGCUAAUAUAUGUGAAGCUGUACAUGUACCAGAUAUGUAGAGCACUGGCAUACAUCCAUGGCUGCAUUGGGGUGUGCCACCGUGACAUUAAGCCCCAAAAUCUUCUGGUCAAUCCACAUACUCAUCAAUUGAAAAUAUGCGACUUUGGGAGUGCAAAAGUGUUGGUAAAAGGGGAACCAAAUAUAUCAUACAUAUGUUCCAGGUACUAUAGAGCUCCUGAGCUUAUUUUUGGGGCAAUCGAAUAUACGACAGCAAUUGAUAUCUGGUCUGCGGGUUGUGUUCUUGCUGAACUACUUCUUGGGCAGCCUCUUUUUCCUGGCGAAAGUGGAGUUGACCAGCUGGUCGAAAUAAUUAAGGUUUUAGGUACGCCCACAAGAGAAGAAAUUAAAUGCAUGAACCCAAAUUAUACCGAGUUCAAAUUUCCACAAAUUAAAGGUCAUCCUUGGCACAAGAUCUUUCACAAGCGAAUGCCUCCAGAGGCUGUUGAUCUGGUAUCUAGGCUUUUGCAGUACUCUCCAAACCUUCGAUGCACUGCUUUAGAAGCACUAAUUCAUCCAUUCUUUGAUGAGCUUCGAGAUCCAACUACUCGCUUACCAAAUGGCCGUUUUCUGCCCCCUCUUUUCAAUUUUAAGCCUUACGAGUUGAAAGGAGUACCAUCGGAGAUUGUCCCGAAGUUGAUACCUGAGCAUGCUAGAAAGCAAUGUGCCUUCUUAGGAUUAUAAGGUUGGUUCUACAUUCCUUAUAUAGUAAAGAGGUGUACUUCCAAUGAGACUAGUGAGCUGAUGGAGCUUGUGAUCUACCGGUAUGGUGAGAUCGAUCGGUAAGUUGGAGCAUGUGACGUAAAAAAACCUCGUAGUCUCCCCUCUUUGCAGAUUAAGGAGUGGUCGGCCUGUCUCCGAAAGACCUCAAUGGUUCUGUACUAACGACGCUUCUUCUGACAGAUUGUAACAUAAAUAUUGCUAUGUUUUAGCUUGUGAAUUAUGGACCAAAAUUGCUCUUCC